AUGACCCACUCGCCAAUGGGUGACGCCCCGGCGGAUAAGCGUUUUCGGCGCUCUAACGAUGAUGCUAUUGACAACCAUGCCCAGACACAGGAGGGUGCUCCCCUUGAAACGCCCACCACGGAAAAAGCUCCUCCACCGCCACCCUUUGCCAAACUAGAGGAUCUUCCCCUUGAACUACACCAGAUUAUUGUCUCCCAAAUCGACGACGCCUCGGUGUGUCGCUUGUACGCUGCCUAUAGCGAGCGUUGUUUUGAGGGAAUGGAGAAGUCGAUCAAAGCCGUGAUCGAAGACCGGCUCAAGAAGAUUACGGUGUACGUGUCGCCAGAAAAACUGGCUAAAUGUGACACCACCAUCAUCGACUUUGAGACGUUGGCGUUACUUCCGCCAUGGUGCGACGUCCACAUCAAAACCCUGGUGGUCUUUUGGGAGCUCGUCAAGAUUUACCUUUGGCAGUUGGAGUUUGCGCUGUUGAUGUUUGCGCUGGUGUCAAUAACGAUAUACGGUGGACAGUUCGAGAGAAGUUCUGUCAAUUUUGAGGGCCUUGAAGGAAAUGUGGUUGCGGUGCACCUCGUGGAUCUCUAUAACAUCAACACCAGUGAUAUCCCUAAACUGACUUUGAAACUCUCCUUCACUCGUUGCUCUUUAAAUGACGUGGUCGAUCUCACCCACUUAUCUAAGCUCACCCACGUGUAUUACCAGGCUCCCAAACAGAUUCUCAACGUGUUACCCAGAUUGGAACUUCGUUUACUAAGGCUGGUCAACUCCCUUAGUGUUCACAAUAUUGACGCGAGAAUAUCAUUGCCUUUGCCGAAGCUUCGACACUACACUGGUAGUUUCUCUGUCAACAUUCCUUGGAACACGCUCAAAACGGUUGUUGUCGACCACAUCCCCAAUGGCACACGCUGUUACCUGUUAGAGGAAGUUACAAUCACUGAAUGGCGCACGGAGACAAACUUCAAGACCAUUAGUUGCCCCAAUCUUCGCUGUGUUACGCUUACCCCCGUUCCCCAUUUUUUGGAUGCCCCACAAACUCGUAUUACCGACGUUUUCACCCAUGACCAACUCAAGCGGCUAAAGACAUUCAAGGGAAAUCACGUUUUCCUUGACGACUUGACACUGUUGGAGCAGGUCGAGGUUUUGUACGUAAUUUACGACCACACCCUCACCGAAGACACACCGUUGUCGCCUCAUCUCGUCGAAUUAAAGAUUAUCUCCAAUUCGCCGGUAGAGGGUAUCCCUGGCCAGCUUACGGCGUUUGAGUAUGUCGGUCAAUAUUUUGAAUUUAGGGAUAUAUCGAUCACUUCGACUACACUCAAGCGAUUGCUGCUCGAACGUGCAGGCAAGUCAACGGUCAACUGUCCCCACCUUGAAGAGUUGGCGUUGAAAUACAUCGAGGGAUUUGUCGACCUCAACACUUCUAAGGUACGUAGCUUGAGUUUGGAGCAUGCCGAGGUCAGCUUUAAAGAAUUCCCCAGCCUCCGUCAGUUGUACGUAAAUGGGGGAUACGAUGGAUUGGAACCGGCGUUUGAAUCAUGGGCGUUUGAAUUAUCGGUUGGGAUGGAAAAGAACCAGCACCUCGAGUCUGUCACUUUAGAAGGCGUGCUAUUGGGCGGAGUGUCGAUCAAAGCGGACAAUGUUUCUUUAAUAGGAUGCCUUUUUGCGGGAGUACCCUUCAUCGAGGCAAGAAGUGUGCAAUUCAUUACCACCAAAAAAGGCAAGGGAGCCAAGUUACGCGUGCGUGAUGAUUCCAUAAAUGACAGCAUCAAUUGUGAGGAGUUAACUUGCAACGUUAUCCGGCAGGUCCCCAGAACUGUGGAAAAAGUAAGCUCGCAUUGGCACAAAUUGGACCACUGUUACCUUUUUUAUGAUUGUAACAAGCUAACGUCGUGUUUCAUUGAAUGUGCUAACAGUGUCAGUUGUCAGCCUGAAACCCCGUUUGUAAUCCCCACGUCGGUCGUACAGCUCGUGUUUCCCGAUUUGAAAUUCAGAUUCGAGGGCCUGGACAUCUCGCAGGCGCCAGCGAAGCUCGAGUUCUAUCAUCGGGUGAUUAAGGAUGCGCCUAUCAACCCCCCGCCAAAUGAAAUCGUUAACGAGUUUGUGCAAAUCGGGCCCAACACAUGGUGUCGCCCUGAUACGUUGCAAUUACGGGGACCCUUUAGUGUCUAG